AUGGCCGACUUGGAGAAACAGAUGACGCAGGCUGUGGAGGAAUCCCAGUUGGUGGAUUUCGACGGCCCUGAUGAUACAGAGAAUCCGUUCAAUUGGCCGACCUGGAAGAAAGGUCGCCAGCUGGUCUUGAUGGCCUUUAAUACCUUCAUAACACCGCUGGCAUCCUCCAUGUUCACCCCAGGGGUCAGCGAUGUGAUGCAGGAAUUCCAUGUUACAAGUAGCAUGCUGGGUUCGUUCGUCGUCUCGGUCUAUAUCUUGGGUUACUGCUUCGGUCCAUUCCUCAUCGCUCCCCUGUCGGAGAUCUAUGGCCGUGUGGCCCUGUACCACAGCUGUAACCUGCUCUUCCUCAUUUUUACCAUCGCCUGCGCCGUCGCUCAGACGAUGCCCCAACUCAUCGUCUUUCGCCUGCUGGCGGGCAUGGCGGGUGUGUGUCCGCUGACCAUUGGCUCGGGGACGGUCGCCGACAUGGUGCCCAAGGAAAAGCGAGCCGGCAUCAUGGCCAUUUGGGCGAUGGGCCCUAUCCUCGGCCCUGUCGUUGGCCCCGUGGCUGGCGGCUUUUUGGCCGAAGCUGAGGGCUGGCGCUGGGUGUUUUGGGUGAUUGCUAUUGUGACGGGUGCGAUGAUGGUCCUGACGAUCGUCUGGUAUCGCGAAUCCUAUGGCCCCGUUGUCCUCGAGCGCAAAGCUGCUCGUCUGCGCAAGUCCACCGGAAACCCGCAUCUCCGGUCCAUUCACGACAAGGGGAAACUGGAUCGAAGACUGUUCCUCUCGGCACUGGCCCGCCCUUUGAAGCUGCUGUUCGGCUCACCCAUUGUGUUCCUCAUGGCCUUGUUCGCCGCCACGACCUACGGCUAUCUCUACCUCAUGUUCACCACCAUCACCUCGAUUGUCGAAGAGAAAUACGGCUUCUCCCAUGGCGUUUCUGGACUGGCCUUUUUGGGCUUUGGCGUGGGGAGUAUGUUGGGGUUGAUCGUCACAGGCGUAGUCGCCAAUCGAAUCGCUGCCAAUCAUAUCCAACGGGGCUGCUUCACGCCUGAAUCUCGUCUCCUACCUAUGAUGUUCGGCUGCUGGUUCAUGCCUGUCGGCCUGUUCUGGUACGGCUGGUCAGCCCAGGCCGGUGUUCACUGGAUUGUCCCCAUCAUUGGCACUGGGGUCUUUGCCACUGGCCUGAUGACGGUCUUUAUGUGUGCCAGCACCUACCUUGUGGACUCCUAUCUACGCUAUGCGGCGUCAGUCACCGCGGCAAACACGGCCCUGCGGUCUUUGGUCGGAGCCCUGUUGCCUUUGGCGGGACCAUCGAUGUAUGCGGAACUAGGACUGGGAUGGGGGAACUCUUUGCUGGGCUUCAUUGCGUUGGCGAUGUGCGCUGUGCCGUUCUUCUUCUGGAAAUACGGGGCGCAGAUUCGCACUCACCCAAGAUUUCAAGUUAAGCUGUGA